UUCUUUAGUUAAGGAUAAAGUGGUAUUGAUGCGCUAGAAGCACUGUGCCGCUUCUCGUGCUAUCUUUGCUUGUUAGUUAGCUUAGCUCGCUAGUUAGCUUAGCUUGUUAGCUGCUAACAGAAGACACAGAAGUUAUCAACACAUCGCUAAGUAGAGAUCAAGUGUGAGAGUAAAGUGUUGUGAUUGUGUGAAAAUGUGCGAAAGAAGGAUAGCAAAGUAUGAGGAGGAACUUUGUCCAACAAAAGAGGAGGACGAGCGACAACGUCAACUACUGGACGUUUAUUAUAAGAAACAUCAUCAAGUUGUGUUACACAGAACAGACCUCGAUGAAGAACAUCUUCCUCGUGAGCAGGAGGUGGAACCACAGUACCCCCACAUACACAAGGAAGAAGGGGUACCACAUUCCCAACACAUCAAAGAGGGAGGAGAGGAGCCACAGCCCCCCCACAUUAAAGAGGAAGACGAGAAGCCACAGACCCAUAAUGUUAAACUGACCCUUCACAUUAAAGGGCAAACGGAGGACCCACUGAACUUACACAUCAAAAAGGAAGAGGAGGACUCACUGACCCCCAACUUUAAAGAGGAAGAGGAGGACCAAGAGCCGCCGCAGAUUAAAGAGGAAGAGGAGGAAAAGGGCAUCAGUCAGCCUAAAUGGUUGGAGGAGUUCCCAGUGACUGGUGUCCCUGUGAAGAGUGAAGAUGAUGAGGUGAAAGGUGAAAGUGAGGAGAGGGGAGGGGGGGAGCCUCCAAGCAGCAGCUCAACACAACACAUGACAACAGAAGCUGAUGGAGACCACUGUGGAGGAUCACAAGCAGACAAGCUCUUAGCUCCACUAUCAGAUAGUGAGGACACAACGUCACACUCUCCUGACACUGAUGAUGAAGACUCUAAAGAUGAUAAGACAUGUCACACUGACAACACUCACUUCACAUCUUCUCACUGUCACAAAACCUUUAAAUACCAUAGUUCUCUGAAAUUACACAUAAGAUCACACACUGGAGAAAAACCUUUUUCUUGUUCACUCUGUAGUAAAGGUUUUACACAACGUCAGAAUUUGAAAGUACACAUGAGAACACACACUGGUGAAAAAACUUUUUCCUGUACAAUCUGUAGUGAAGGUUUUGUAGAAAGUCGCAAUUUGAAAAAACACAUGAGGACACACACUGGAGAAAGACCUUUUGUUUGUUCAACCUGUGGUAAAGGUUUGGCAGACAGUAACAAUUUGAAAAGACACAUGAGAACACACACUGGUGAAAAGCCUUUUUCCUGUUCAACCUGUGGUAAAGGUUUUACACAAAGUCAACAUUUGAAAAGACACAUGAGGACACACACCGGUGAAAAACCUUUUUCUUGUUCAAUCUGUGGUAAAGGAUUUACACAAAGUAGUAGUUUGAAAACACACAUGAGAACACACACUGGUGAAAAAUUGCAUUCCUGUUGAAUCUGCAACAGAAGCUUUUGUUGACGAUCAAAGCUUGUAGCACACAUGAGAAGACACCCAGGAGAGAAAGUGUUGAGUUGCAGUGUGUGUGGUGAAAGAUUGUCUUCUAAGUACCAGUGUAAGAAACACAAGUGUGCUGGUGAGAACAGCAGCAGCAAAUGAAACUGCAGGAUUUGAAAUAAACUGUCCAGACUUUCA